AUGCCGGGUGCUAGAUCAGAGGCACAAGAACAGCUAAUGAUCACUCUAACGGCUCAUGCUCCUCCCAAUAUCUCCAAUGGUAAGGAUGUCUAUCUAUGGCGUAGAUUGUCGGGUUCCUUUGCACAAUUCUUCUCUUCUAAGGAAACUUGGGAGCAAUUGAGAUUACAUCCUCCUUUAGUGCCAUGGACUAAAGUUAUCUGGUUUAAGGAAGCUGUGCCACGUUACUCCUUUAUCACGUGGCUCGCUAUGAAAGGGAGAUUACCUACCAAAGACAGAUUAAGAAGCUGGGGACUAAACAUUCCCGACGCAUGUGUGAUUUGUUCUAGUGGAUUAGAAAUACAUGACCACCUCUUCUUUGAUUGUUCUUUCUCAGCAAGUGUUUGGCAGCCUUUUGCUUUGAGAAUCUGGCCUAAUGCACCAGCCACCCUCGCAUCAAUCUCCUCUUGGAUAUUGCAGGCUCAGUCACCUGUGAACUCAAAUGCAAAAAUCAUCAUCAAGCUUCUACUGCAGACCGCUUGCUAUCUUAUUUGGAGGGAGGGAGCGAAAUGCACGGAUCUUCAGCUCUAA